AUGAAUGGAAUUGAUCCCCAAGACCAAAUAUUAGCAUGUUUUCCAGUAAUGAGGAAAUACAUGAAAGGAUAUAAAAAAAUUUUUUUUUAUCCGUUCGAUAUUGGUCUUUUUAACUCUUACAUUUUAUGGAAAAAAAUAAAUAACGGGAAGAAACAAUGUUACGUCGACUAUAGGAUCAACAUAGCCGAAUCUCUACUGAAUAAUAUGCCAAAACCGAAUUAUAGAGAACGAGGCGAAUUAUCUUCCGGAGAUGCGCCAGAGAGACUGCACGCGAAGCAUUGGGCUCAUUUUCCAAAGCACAUUGAUCCAACAGCAUCAAAAUUAAAACCUUCAAAACCUUGUAGAGUUUGCCAAAAAAAUACAAAACGUAGAGAAACAACGUGGGAGUGUGAGAAGUGCAAAGUUCCUUUACAUCUACCAGAAUGCUUCGAAUUAUAUCACACCAUUGCAGAUUAUUAA